CGUUGGCCAGACUCUGGAGCGUGUAUUCCAUUUUCACCAAUUUGAAGCUUGGAAUUGGAAUUAGGGUUUGAUGCUCGACAGGGAUUGUAACCAAUUUUGUGAGUGGCGUGAAGGACCCCCUGAAUGCUUGCAGCGCACUGGAGAUUUCGCAGAUGGCUGCGUUUCACAGUUCAAGGUUACAGCCUCUCUCCGUCUCAAAGUCGCCAGUCUUUUGGAGUCGCAAUUCGAUUACUCUCGGGCCCGUGGUUGCGCGUCAGGAUGCGUUUAGGGUGCUGCAGAAGGGCCUAGGAGCAUCAUGUGUUUAUGUUUCACGGAGAGUGGCUGCGAGUAGUGAUGGUUGUUGUAGUGGUAAUACGAUGAGGGAGGAAGUGGAGGAGGUUGUGGAGAAGGAGCAGGUGUACAGGAAUGAGCUGCGUGCAGGGGAGAGGGCUCCUCUCGUCGUGGUGUCAUUUUACAAGUUUGCUCAUCUGCCGGAUUACGAGGAGAAGCUAGCUCCAUUGAAGGAGCUGUGCGAGACUCAUUUUGUGUCAGGAGGUAUAAUGUUGGCUGCUGAGGGAAUAAAUGGGAGUAUUUCUGGAACACGGGAGGCAGUGGAGAUAGUGAUGUCUGCUAUCCAGAGUGACGAGCGCUUGACUAAUCUUCUACGAACUGAGGCUCCUGCAGGAGUGGAUGAUGAUAAAAUUCACAAUGGUCACAGCCCCAAGUCUCCUCUUGGAGCAGGCGAAAAUUCUCCAGCCAGAUGGGAUCACGUGCGUGUAAAGCUGAAAAAAGAGUUGGUGUCGAUGGGUGUGUCGGGACUGGAUCCCGCGGACAAAGCGGGAGAAUACGUGAACCCCAAGGACUGGAACAAACUCAUAAGCGACCCUGACACAGUAGUUGUUGAUGUCAGAAACGACUACGAGUACCGUGUCGGGAGGUUCAAGCGAGCACUUGAUCCACAACUAGAUUCUUUCAGGGAUUUCCCUGCGUGGGUCGAGAAAAAUCUCGCAAAUGGUGCUCAACCUUACAUUUCAAGGGGACCUGACAGAGAUGAGAACACACGCACGCGAGAUGAAGAAAAUGCCCUGACUUCUUGCGAAAUGCUACCAAAUCUUGAAAGUCCGCGGCGAAUUGCUAUGUACUGCACAGGCGGCAUUCGGUGUGAGAAGGCAACUUCAUAUCUGCUGAACCAGGGAUUUGAUGAGGGAUUGAGCAUCAAUAUGUGGGUUUCAUUCAUCGUCUCUGUAGGUGUAUCAAUUGGAAGGCGGUAUCCUCAAAUAUCUCGAAGAGAUACCUGCAUCUGAGAGCCUCUGGAAGGGUGAGUGCUUUGUAUUUGACAAACGAGUGGCUGUGGGACAUGGACUGAAGCAAGGAUCUUAUAGAUUAUGCUAUUCCUGCAAGAAGCCUGUUAACUCAGUAGACAUGGAGUCUCCACUUUGGGAAGAAGGCGUUACGUGCCCCUACUGUUAUCAUCACAAGUCUGAAGCUGACAAAAGUAAGGCUAGAAAUCGACAUCAACAAUUCUUACAUUGGGGAGCAAUUGGUGGUCCAGACAGGGGGCGAAAAAAGCAUGUCGUGAAAAACAGUCACCUUAGAGAUGAAAAGUAUCCUGAAAGGCCAUAUUACUUCACCCUCAAAUCAACUCAAGGAAGAUGACCUAAAUAUCACUUGCAAAAUAGAUAGGGUAUGGUUGCAAGUUAUGAAUUGAUUUUUCAGGGUGGCAUUAGCAGUGAAAGUAACUCCAAAGCUUCUUUAUACGUAUUUCUUGGAUUAAAGACGACUGUCCUGUGAGUGUCUGAAGUGUAGUUGAACAAUCUGCUGAACAAUAUGCACAUAUAGCAACUUUCAAAGUUAAUGUUCUUCUGCAGUACCUGCAAAGGGAAUAUUAGGGGGAGGUUCUGAGCACGAAAUCAAAAAGAUGAAUGGGAAUUUUAAGUUGAAUUGGAGAUGUGAUUAUGAAUUACACGUGGACAUACAACUUUUCUUGCUCA